AUGGCAACAGGCACCGGCAAGUCCAGCCUCAUCACCUCCCUGGUCAAGGGUGUCUUCGUCACCAACAAAAUCCAGCCCGUCCUGCCCCAGAUCACCAUCCCUCCAACGAUCGGAACCCCUGAAAAUGUCACCACCACCACGGUCGUCGAUACCUCGGCGCUUCCCCAGGAGCGCAACAACCUAGCCCGCGAGAUUCGGAAAUCCAACGUGAUACUACUGGUCUACUCCGAUCACUAUAGCUAUGAACGCGUGGCACUUUUCUGGCUGCCGCAUUUCCGGUCGCUGGGGGUGAAUGUCCCCGUUGUCCUGUGCUCCAACAAGUCUGAUCUUGCUGCGGAGCACAGCGAGGCCCAGGUGCUCGAGGAUGAGAUGCUGCCGCUGAUGGCGGAAUUCAAGGAGAUUGAUUCAUGCAUCCGCACUAGCGCCCGCGAACACCGCAAUGUCAACGAGGCUUUCUUUGUCUGUCAAAAGGCCGUCACCCAUCCCAUCGCACCCCUAUUCGACUCCAAGGAGGCCGCGCUCAAGCCCGCCGCCGUCGCAGCUCUGCAACGCAUCUUUUACCUCAGCGACAAGGAUCGCGAUGGUUAUCUGUCGGAUAAGGAGAUCAAAGAGUUCCAAACACGGUGCUUCGGGAAGUCCCUGAGCGAGGAAGAUCUGGUACAUAUCAAGGACACCAUCCAGAAAACCUACCCGGAAUCGGUGUCCGACUCUGGGAUUGACUGCCGGGGAUUUAUUCAUUUGAACAAGAUGUAUGCAGAGAAAGGGCGCCAUGAGACGGUGUGGAUUAUCUUGCGGGCCUUUCAAUACACGGAUAAUCUCUCCUUGCAAGAGAGCUUUUUACAUCCCCGCUUCGAGGUCCCGCCGUUCGCCUCGGCCGAAUUGUCUCCCGAAGGAUAUCGCUUUUUCGUGAAUCUCUUCCUCCUAUCAGACAAGGACAACGAUGGCGGAUUGAACAACGCCGAGCUAGCAUCGUUGUUCGCUCCGACCCCAGGCCUGCCGGCGUCGUGGGCUGAUGGCUCGUUCCCAUCCUCGACCGUGCGGAGCGAAGCUGGACAUGUGACCCUCCAAGGCUGGCUGGCCCAGUGGAGCAUGACGACUUUCAUGUCGCCCAAGACCACGUUGGAAUACCUGGCGUACCUGGGCUUCGAGUCUUCUGACCGAAGCAACCCAUCUACCACAGCGGCACUAAAAGUGACGCGGCCGCGCAAGAGGCGGCGACGACCUGGACGAGUCGGUCGAAAUGUGGUUCAAUGCCAUGUCCUGGGCGCCUCUGGCUCUGGCAAGUCCGCCUUACUCGACGCUUUCCUGUCGCGCGGGUUCAGCACCACAUACCACCCUACCAUCCAGCCACGCACGGCAGUGAACACCGUUGAACUGCCCGGUGGGAAGCAGUGCUACCUGAUCAUGGACGAACUCGGGGAGUUGGAACCCGCCAUCCUCGAGAACCAGGCCAAAUUACUCGACCAGUGCGAUGUGAUAGCCUACACCUACGAUUCGUCCGACCCGGACUCCUUUGCGUACAUUCCGGCCUUGCGGGCCAAGUACCCGCAUCUGGAGGAACUGCCCAGCGUCUUCAUUGCCCUGAAAGCGGACUUGGACCGGACCACCCAGCGGGCGGAGUAUCAGCCCCAUGAGUACACGGCCAUGUUGAAUAUGCCCAGCCCUCCGCUGCAUGUCAGCGUGACGUGGAAUUCUAUCCAGGAGGUCUUUGUGCACAUUGCUGAAGCUGCCAUGGAGCCCAGCACCGUCUUCCCGCGCAGUGAGGAGGAUGUUGAGGGUAAGUGGAUGGCGUGGGGGAUUGCGCUGGGGGCCGUGGUGUGUGCUGGAGCCGCGGCGACGAUGAUCUGGCGACGAAUGGGUGGGAGUGGGACGUGA